AUGCAUAGCUAUAAGAGUAAAAAGACAUUCCCCCAAGCAACACUACACUCAUCUUACAGUGUCUCUGCAGAAUCUGUGUGUGUGUGUCUCUCUCUCUUAACGCCAAAUGCCAAUUCCAUGGACUACACAAACAGAUGGACUUCACAGCAACAACAACGACAACAACAACAACAACAAAUCUCACUAAACCCUAAUCCUAAUUCUAACCAUAAUUCUUCAAUUUCACAAGCACAAUUGUACCACUACCCACUACCACAACCCUCCUUUUCUCACCUCACAAACCCAAACCUUUUCCUCUCUUUUCCUCAGCCAGUGCUUCCCUCUGCCUCUGACUCACUCCUCCACCCACCUGGCACCGACCCUUUUGCCAAUUCGGGUCUCUACCCAUCAACCCAUGUCGGACCCGGAUCCCAUGUUCAAUUUCCUGAGGACCAAAAUGCAGCUUCAAAGAACUGGGUUUACAAACAAGCUGAACCCAUCAGAUAUGAUUCUGUACCUGCUAGCAAUUCUUUGCAUGAGAAUUCAAUUGUGUCCACUAGUUCAAAUUCUUUAUGGAAUAACUAUUGGACAAAUCAACAUUUGACAAACGAUGCCACAGAGAUAGUACCACAGCAAACUAAGUUUGUUCAGUCCAUGCAGUGUGAGGUCUGCAAAAUUGAUUGUAAUAGCAAAGAGGUUUAUGAAAAACACAUGCGGGGAAAGAAGCACUUGAGGAAUUUGCAAGCACAAGUACCAAGAAGCAGUAUAGAUGGACAAGUGAUAUUUGGGGCUUCAGGUGGAGCUGCAGGUGAGGACUUGGGGACAAAGAAACAGAAGCUUUUGAAUGGCGAUGCUGCAGCUGAUUCUGUCAGGGUAUGCACAAUAUGCAAUGUUACUUGCAAUAGCCAAGAAGUGUUUAAUAAACAUCUGGCUGGGAAAAGACAUGCUUCUCAGGCUGGCUUAGUAGCCCUUAAUGGGGUUGGGCCAUAUAUUGCUGCAGUUAAGUCUCAGAUUAGCAGCACUUGGAAAAAAUUCCCUGUGAAAAAUAAGGUUGUUCAAUCUGCAUGGUGUUCAGUUUGCAAAAUCAAUUGUAACAGCAAUGAUGUCUACGUCAAACACCUAUCUGGAAAGAAGCACCAGAAGAAUAUGGAGAAACAGUUGAAAUCAAAGAAUGAAGUCAGUGCCCCUGCCUCAAAUGCUCUUCCCGCCCCAACAAAUCCAAUAAUUGGACCAGUGGAAAACCCAGAUGCCAAUAAGGGCAAAACUGUUGCAAAAAAUUCAUCAAACAAGGUAGCCGAGUCACAGGCACCAAGAGAAGAUCUGGAGACGAAGAAACGUAAGGUUUUGGAAUGUGGAGCAGCAGCAGGUGCUGUUAGGACGUGCACGAUAUGCAGUGUAGUGUGCAACAGCCAGUCAGUCUUCAAUUCUCAUCUUGCUGGCCAGAAGCAUGCCGCCAUGGUGAAGAAACGGGCAGAAGCUGGAAUUGCAAUGGCAGCGUCAGGUUCUCAACUGAUAGCUGCUGCCUAAAACCUGAUUGCUUGGAAACAAACAGUUGCUGUUAACAACCCACCUUAUUUGUUUAUUUAUUUCCUUUCAGGACUUUGUACAUUCCCCCUGCAUAUAUAAUACUAAGAUGUACCCUUCAGUA